AUGCUUACCACCAUAGGCCUCUAUGGAGAUGGUGUCCUCAAGCUGCCCCUCACCAGUCUAACAGAGGAAUUCAAGUGUGCAAAAACCAGGCUCCAGAUGACACUGAAUGAAUCUCGAGACCCAGUGGUGAGCAACAACGCGCCGACCUUGGCAACUGGGCGCAAAUGGAGGCCAGGAAAAGCAGCCCUCAGACAUGCUGACAUUGUGGGUCAUGUUCAGCAAGGGAGAGGAGGCCUUGGGCUAACUAGCCGUGCUGCUUGGAGUAAGGCCACUGCACCAGAGCGCGCGGAAGAUGGUAGUGCAGGAAAGGUCUUCAUCAUUGAGCUCACAGUACCCUGGGAGGACUCAGUAGAUGAGGCUUAUGAGCGAAAACAUCUGCGCUAUGUCGAUCUAGCUGCCGAAGCACGGCAUCAUGGCUGGAACACAGAAGUCCGACCAGUGGAGGUGGGCUGCAGAGGUUUUGUGGCAACAUCUACAACCAGACUGCUUAGAGACCUGGGAAUUAAGGGCCAGAGCCAGCGUUCGGCAAUCAAAGCUGUAUCAGAGGUGGCAGAAGGCAGCAGUCAAUGGCUCUGGAUGAAGAGGAAAGACCCCAGCGGGCCCCGAAGUGAGAGCCAGGAGGUAUGCGGUCAACAAUGCUUGACCAGGAGGAAGACGCCCCUGCCAUGCAUAGUCCCAUGGGAUGUUGGCUAUCAACAACAAGGCAACUCCUUCACUAAUUGGAAUGGGACGCAAGCAUGCUGUUUGUUGACGUUUGUUUUUCUGUCCUUGUGCCUCAGGGGGGUGAGUAGCGUGGUGCGACGUUGUAUUCAUAAACAAACCCAACAGGACUACGCAGUCAAAAUCAUCGACGUCACUCCUUCUGACAAGAUCUCAGCUGCAGAGAUCGAGGAGAUCAAAGAGGCCACAGUGAAGGAGAUUGAUAUUCUCAAAAAAGUCUAUGGAAUGGACAACAUCAUACAGCUGAAGGACUGCUAUGAGUCUAAAGCCUUCUUCUUCCUGGUGUUUGACCUGAUGAAGAGAGGAGAGCUGUUUGACUACCUCACAGAAAAAGUAACUCUGAGUGAGAAGGAAACCAGGAAGAUCAUGCGUGCCCUGCUGGAGGUGGUUAAGUUCCUCCACGACGAGAACAUCAUCCACAGAGACCUGAAGCCUGAAAAUAUCCUGCUGGACGACAACAUGGAUAUUAAGCUCACUGACUUUGGCUUCUCCCUACAGAUUGAGCCCGGACAGACACUCAACGAAGUGUGUGGGACCCCUGGAUACCUGGCUCCUGAGAUCAUUGAGUGCUCCAUGGACCCCAACCACAGGGGAUAUGGGACUGCAGUCGACAUAUGGAGUUCAGGGGUGAUCUUGUACACCCUGCUAGCUGGAUCCCCUCCCUUCUGGCACAGAAAACAGAUGAUGAUGCUUCGUAUGAUCCUAGCUGGGAACUACGACUUCACCUCUCCUGAAUGGGACGACCGCUCCGACACUAUCAAAGACCUAAUCUCCAGGAUGUUGGUGGUAAACCCAGAUCAGCGUUACACAGCCCAAGACUGCCUGAGCCACCCCUUCUUCCAGCAGUAUGUGGUGGCUGAAGUACGACACUUCACCCCCAAGAGGAGGUUCAAGGUCGUCUGCAUGACAGUGCUGGCCGUGAUGCGCAUCUACUGUAAUUACCGCCGCGCCAAGCCGAUCACCAAGGAGGUGAUCAAGAACGACCCGUACGCCAUCAAGCCCMUCCGCAAGCUGAUCGACGCCUGUGCCUUCAAGAUCUACGGCCACUGGGUCAAGAAGGGCCAGACCCAGAACAGAGCCGCCCUGUUCGAGAACACUCCCAAGGCCAUCCUGCUGUCCAUAGCAGCAGAGCCCGAGGACUCCUCCAUGCACUCCUGGUAAUGACGAUGAUGCUGCUGCUGUUKGUUUCUCAGUCCAGGUCCUGAGAGGAGGGAGGUGGGACUUUACAUAAGCAUUCCAUCUGUCCCAAUUCUCUAUCAUUUUUAAAUCAAUGGUUUUGAAUGUGGGAGGAGUGUACAGCUGCACACGUCAGGAGAAAGAACAGAAUUGGGCUGGUAUGUCGUUGGGCUCAGCUCAGGAUUUAAUUGGGCUGAUUGAAGCACGGGAGUGACACAAUAACAAAAMAAACUUUGGGUGGGACACUUUAGAGAUGAGAUAUAUAUUGUUCUUUGUAUUGGAGGGGCUUGCACACCUGAUUCAAUUCGUCACUAAUCAUCAAUGCCUUAUAUGGGUGAAUCAGGUGAGCUAGUUUAGAGCUACAACAAAAUUGUUAAACAUCUGGGUGUACCAGAGGAGAGGUUUGAGAACCACCGUUUUAAACAAUAGAUUAAUUAUAACGAAGACGUGGGAAAUGUCCUAGAACUAUGACCUGCACUGAGGAAUAUUGGUCCGCUGUGUUUAGUACGGAACAAAUAGCUAGACGACAUCCACGGUGAAAUAUCUGUUUAUAACAAUCACUUAUCUAGAGCUUAUACCCUUAACUCAACAUUGAUAAAGAAUGGUGUCCAUUCUAUUAUAUAGAUUUCUGUGUUCUGAAAUAUUGCACCCUACUGAAUUAUUCCUAGAUAUGAAGUGUUACAUUAUGGUUAAAAAGGUCAUUUCAACUGUAUGAGCUUCAACACAGCACAUAAAUUCCAUAUGCAUACAGUGUUAUGUAAAAGACUA